CCCCUCCCUUCUACUCCCGCUGCCGGCAGCGCGAGCCAGCCUUGCCGCGCACACGCAGCGCGCGCUGCUGCCUCGCGCUGGGGCCGGGGUGGCCGAGGGUUGAAGCAUUGAGGUGGGAAACACUGAUCCUUCUUGUGAAAGGCUUGCUGCUGUUUGUCUGCUAAUCCUCAACCCGUUAGCAGGUGUUCAUCAUGCUUGGACAAGGUCUCUGAGGAACCGCGUCUUGAUGCCAGCAGCAGGCUGCAAAAUCUCCCACAGAAGGGACCAUGCAUCUCAGCAGCCUGGCCAGGGUUCUCCUCCUCUCCCUCCUGCUCCUGGAGAGGGCCAGAGCCGCACCGCUGCAGAACAUGGCACUGGGGCAAGCAGGCCUUUGGCAGCCGGGUGGACAACCAAACCCAGGAGCCCUGCCUGGCUUUGGUUUUGACCUGGGGCUGGAUCCUUUUAAGCUGGGCAUCAAUGUGGGCAAAAACCAACAAAACCAAGGAGCCCAGGGCGGACAACCAAACCCAGGAGCCCAGCCUGGUUUUGGUUUUAACCUGGGGCUGAAACCUUUUGAUUUGGGCAUCAAAGUGCCUGGCUUUGGUUUUAACCUGGGGCUGGGCAAAAACCAACAAAACCAAGGAGCCCAGGGCGGACAACCAAACCCAGGAGCUCAGGAUCCUUUUAACCUGGGCAUCAAUGUGGGCGGACAACAAAAGCCAGGAGCCCUGCCUGGCUUUGGUUUUAACCUGGGGCUGGGCCAACAACAAAACCAAGGAGCCCAGGGUCCAUAACAAAACCCAGGAGCCCAGCCUUAGCGGUUCAAACAGCAGGAUGGUCACUGAAAUGUCAGCUGGGAACCUGGCUCUGAUGAUAAGAAGGAAGCUCCAUCUUCCACACUCUGAUCUCGGAAAUCAAAUGCUAACCGCAAAUU